AAUCGUCAUAGAAAUUUAGAAAAAUACGCACGAGCGGAGGCAUGAUGUCGACGAUUCUGUCGUCUCUUUUUUUUAUCAUGAGCGCAAUAACGUACAUAUCUAGUAGCCGCUCUGUAUUUAAUAUUCGCCCUGAACGCCCUGAUCAUCCCUACCAGCAUUAUCGUAGUUCAACAGAGUUCGUUAGAAGAUUCGUCACUCAAUCAGUUUUCAGUGCAUUGAAGAUUAUUGAUAACAUGGAAGCUCCAUCUGAUGGUAAUACACGGGAAAUGGGCUACUUUGGAAAUGAGUGGCCCACGUGUGGGAGUUUUAACCCGCGAAACGGUGAAAAGAGUGUAAUUGCAGAAAUGAAGUCAUGGAAUUCAUUACCGGCAUUGAAAGACUGGAUGUUUUAUGUGUCUUUUAUGCGUCUUACACGUAAAUAUAGUACAGAAUUUUAUACGUACCAAGUUCUUUGGAGCGUGCCUACACCAGCGUAUCCUGAACCUCAAGUCACAGUUUCCGUGUUCUUUUAUGUUGCAACAAGCAAAAUUUAUCCAUCUCAUUUUCCUGUCGAUGUCACGUACUGUUUCGAGGGACAUCAAUUUUUACACGAUCUGAACAUUAUCUUCAGACCCAAAUGGCUCUACGAUAUUUUGGAUAUGAAAACGAUGAUGUUUAAGACAUUUACCUUCUGAUACGUUAUCAUUCAUUCGCAAACUAGACGCGCUGUGCCGAUGCCAAUUGGAUUUACGUUUAAACAUGCAAAUCGUUGUAAACAGUAACGAGACUCUUAGGAAGCAUAUGCGUCGCUAAAAUGUCGUAAAAGUAAGGGUGUCGGAUUCGGCUCACGCCUGGUGUACUGGCUGAACACCAUACGUGCGUUUACUUCAAUUGGUCAAGCAAUAGGAGCAGGUGAUAGCGGCUCUUAGCAGCAUUGAAGGAAAACAUACCUAGUGCACCGGUUGUUUUCAGCAACCCUUGCAUAUUGCUCGUUACUUUAUUAACCCUUUGCGCAACACCUUGAUGACUGCGGUCACGUAUUCGUCACAUUGCUAAACUUAAAAUUCAAUUCCAGUUGUAAAUUCUGUGCUACACGUGUAUCGCAACAAUAAGGCAAAGGGUUAACAUUUUUUUCCAAAAUCUAAUAGGUAAUUUUAACUGUUCUCUCCUGCGGAGUAUAUACCACACACUUGUCGCUCCUAAGGAAUCUAUUUAAAUUUCCAUCGAGUACAUCGAGGAGGUGUAAACGGUGCGUUGGUCUUUCGGACGGUUACAUUUUGUUUUUCUUCUUUUUUUUUUUUUCAACGUCAUUCGGUUUCGGUGAUACCGACGACAAAUAAAAGACAAUUUCAAAACCUAACAAAGACUUCGCCGAGCUCUCGUGCACAUGGUGGUCGAAUGACACUGGGAGGUCUGUGUUUCUCGGCAGGAGCCUGGGAUAUCGACAACCACGUGUCGAGCAUAUCUGACUAGAUCCACGCAUCGUUUACGCUUUUGCUUUCACUAAACUGAACCGUAUACUUUGUUAAUACUUAUGUUAUAUUUGAUAAAUCAAUAUAUAUAUAUAUCUUUGAUUGAUUUUAAA